AUGGCUCGCCCCCUCGCUCCCCUGUUCCUUCUGUUCUAUUCCAUCAUGGAUAAGAACCACAACGGCGGCUCUGCUCGCACAGUCAUUUCAUCGCGCGUUGAAUAUCACGACAACAGCAGCCCUCAGCUUCAUCGACCCCUCUUCCUCCUCUCGCGACAAUAUCAUCACCAAAGACAUUGCUCGCCCAGCUAG